AUGAGAAACAUGUCAAAAGAAUACGAAAUGAGUCGAGAAUCGAUGAGAACUAUUGUCAAGGACAAGCUGAAGAUGAUUCCCUACCGUAUGCAGAAAGGAGCCUUCCUCAGUCAAAAAAACAAGACAUUCCGGAUGAAAAAGGCUCGAAAGCUGCUCGCUGGCACGAAAGAUGGCUCGCAUCUGACGACGCUAUUUACCGACGAGAAAAUCUUAACUGUGGAGACGAACAAGAACGGCCAAAACCAUCCGAUCAUCGCUACUGACUAUCAGAGUGCCUGUGAAAAAGAAAAAAUUCUGAAUAAAACUUCGCAUCCGGCUUUUGUGAUGGUUUUUGCCGGAAUUACCGCUGACGACAAAACUCCGCUGAUUUUUGUGGAUUCUGGAGUCAAAGUGAACCAAGUAUACUACAGGGAGUAGAUUUUAAAGUUGAGGGUGUUGCCCUGAGCCAAUUCUCACUACGGAAACCGACCAUGGACCUUCCAGCAAGACGGCGCCCCCGCUCAUCGUGCCAAAGGGACUCUAGAGUGGUAUCGCGCCAAUUUUCCGAGUUCAUCUCGGCUGCUGAUUGGCCUGCUUCCUCGCCCGACCUCAACCCGAUGGACUAUGCCGUGUGGAUAUAUCUGACCGAGAAGGUCUCUUCUAAGAACUACCCAAGUAUCAAAGCUCUGAAGACCGCGCUCAUCAAGAAAUGGGACGAAAUCGACGACGACUACCCUCGUGCCGUGAUCGAUGCGUAUCCGAAGAGACUGAAGGCCGUUAUCAAAGCUAAAGGAAGACGUUUUGAAAACUAUUCUUGA